ACGCACCACCCUCCUCGCGCUUUCCCCCUUUCUCCAUUAUCUCUCUUUCGUCUCGAACUAGGGUUUUCUUUUCCUCUUAUUUUGGUAGGGAAACCCAAAUUUCCAUGUUCUUUUCACACAUAGGGUUUUGCUUCUCUGGGUUCGUUUCUGUGUAUUUUCAUGGACCCGAGGAGGCAAUCAAGGGACUCGCUUUCGUAUUCAAAGCUCUUCAAUCUUGAGUCUUUGAUGAACUUCAAACUUCCACAACAAGAUGAUGAUUUUGAUUAUUAUGGGAAUAGUAGUCAGGAUGAGAGCAGAGGUAGCCAAGGUGGAGCAAUGACAAACCAUGGUAAUGGGACUAUGUCUGAGAGGGAAUUGAGCUUGGGUAAGAGGAACAGAAGGUCUUAUAAUAGUGACGACGAGGAAGAGGAUUACCACAGCCACGGGGCACACAUCACUGAGGAGUGGUAUCGAUCAAUGCUGGGGGAACACGUGCAGAAAUACAAGAGGAGAUUGAAGAAUUCCACAGUGAAUGCUGCACCUCCUCGGAUGGGGAUACCAGCUCCAAAGAAUAGUUUGGGUAGUUCAAGAAUCAGGAAACUGGGAAAUGACCAAAGACAGGGGUUCUAUGACAUGGAGACUGCUCCUGACUUGCUUAAUGAUGUUAGUCCUCAGAGGCUCAGCAACUAUCAUGAAGCAGAUUUUGUACCGAAAAUGAUUUAUGAACCUUCUUUUUUGGAUAUUGGUGAGGGCAUCACGUAUAAGAUCCCCCCUACUUAUGAGAAGCUGGCAGCAUCACUGAACCUGCCAAGCUUCUCAGAUAUGCGAGUGGAUGAAACUUACUUAAAGGGGACCUUGGAUUUGGGGUCCUUAGCAGCAAUGAUGGCUGGUGAUAAGAGGUUCGGGCCUGUAAGCAGAUCAGGGAUAGGAGAGCCACGACCCCAGUACGAAUCACUUCAAGCAAGAUUGAAGGCUCUGGCAGCUUCCAACUCAGCUCAGAAGUUUAGUCUCAAGAUAUCUGAAAGUGCAUUGAAAUCUUCCAUUCCGGAAGGGGCUGCUGGAAAUAUACAGCGGUCUAUUUUGUCAGAGGGUGGUGCAUUGCAGGUUUAUUAUGUGAAGGUUUUGGAGAAAGGAGAGACAUAUGAGAUCAUUGAACGAAGCCUCCCAAAGAAACCAAAAGUGAAGAAAGAUCCCUCUGUUAUCGAGAGGGAAGAAAUGGAUAAAAUAGGAAAAGUUUGGGUUAGCAUUGUUCGAAGAGACAUACCAAAGCAUCAUAGAAUAUUCACUACUUUUCACCGCAAGCAGCUGAUUGAUGCCAAGAGGUUCUCUGAAAAUUGUCAAAGAGAGGUAAGAGCGAAGGUGAUUAGAUCACAGAAAUUAAUGAGAGGUGCUGGCAUACGCACAAGGAAAUUGGCCAGAGACAUGCUGCUGUUUUGGAAGCGAGUUGACAAGGAGAUGGCCGAGGUGAGGAAAAAGGAGGAGAAAGAAGCUGCAGAAGCUUUAAGGCGUGAACAAGAGCUCCGAGAAGCAAAGAGACAGCAGCAAAGACUCAAUUUUCUUAUACAACAAACAGAACUUUAUAGUCAUUUUAUGCAGAAGAAAGCAAAUUCUCAGCCCUCUGAAGCCUUGCCUAUGGAAGAUGUAAAACCAAAUGAGGAAGAAGCCCCUUUGAGUGGUUUGGCUACUGAACCUGGUGAGGAAGAGGAUCUUGAAGAGGCAGAACUAAAAAAGGAGGCUUUGCGGGCUGCUCAAAAUGCUGUCUCUAAGCAGAAAAAGUUGACUAGUGCAUUUGAUACUGAAUGUUUGAAGCUUCGACAAUCUGCUGAUCAUGAUUCUCCUCCAUAUGAUACAUCACUUGCAGGGUCAAGUGAUAUAGAUCUACAUAACCCCUCAACCAUGCCAGCAACUUCAACAGUCCAGACACCAGAAAUGUUUAAAGGUUCACUCAAAGAAUAUCAGUUAAAGGGUCUUCAGUGGCUUGUUAAUUGUUAUGAGCAGGGCUUAAAUGGUAUUCUUGCUGAUGAGAUGGGUCUUGGAAAGACCAUUCAAGCAAUGGCAUUCUUGGCUCAUUUGGCUGAGGAGAAAGACAUAUGGGGGCCUUUUCUUGUUGUUGCACCAGCUUCUGUCUUGAAUAACUGGGUUGAUGAAAUUGGCCGUUUCUGCCCUGACCUAAAAACUCUUCCAUAUUGGGGUGGACUUCAAGAGCGAGCAAUACUUAGGAAGAAAAUCAAUCCAAAGCGUCUUUAUCGAAGGGAGGCAGGAUUUCACAUUCUAAUUACCAGCUAUCAACUACUAGUGUCUGAUGAGAAGUAUUUUCGACGUGUGAAAUGGCAAUACAUGGUAUUAGAUGAGGCACAGGCAAUCAAAAGUUCAAGCAGCAUAAGGUGGAAGACACUGCUUAGUUUCAACUGUCGGAACCGCUUGCUUCUGACUGGUACACCUAUUCAGAAUAACAUGGCUGAAUUGUGGGCCCUUCUGCAUUUCAUUAUGCCAACCUUAUUUGAUAGCCACGAACAAUUCAAUGAAUGGUUUUCUAAAGGAAUUGAAAACCAUGCUGAACAUGGGGGUACUUUGAAUGAACACCAGCUUAACAGAUUGCAUGCUAUUUUGAAGCCCUUCAUGCUACGACGGGUUAAGAAAGAUGUGAUUUCAGAGCUGACUAGGAAAACAGAGAUAACAGUUCACUGCCAGUUGAGUUCCCGGCAGCAAGCUUUCUAUCAAGCUAUUAAGAAUAAGAUAUCUCUAGCUGAAUUGUUUGAUAACAAUCAUGGGCAUCUUAGUGAAAAGAAAAUUAUGAAUUUGAUGAACAUUGUGAUUCAACUAAGAAAGGUUUGCAACCAUCCAGAGUUGUUUGAAAGGAAUGAAGGAAGCACAUAUCUCUUUUUUGGAGAGAUCUCAAAUUCUCUUCUGCCCCCUGCCUUUGGGGAGUUGGAGGAUAUACGCUAUUCUGGGAGUCAGAAUCCUAUAAUACAAAAGAUACCAAAGCUACUUCACCAGGAGGUUCUCCAAAGUUCUGAAACACUUUGCUCAGCAACUACCCGUGGAGUUAGCAAAGAAUUGUUUCAUAAAUGCUUUAACAUAUUUUCCCCAGAAAAUGUUUAUCGCUCUACACUUACUCAGGAGAAUAGCUUAGAUGGAUCAUAUGUCAAAAGUGGGACAUUUGGUUUUACUCAUUUGAUGGAUUUGUCUGCUGCUGAGGUUGCAUUUCUUGCAACUGCUUCUUUUAUGGAGAGACUACUAUGUUCUAUUUUAAGGUGGGACAAACAAUUUUUGGAUGGAAUCUUUGACUCACUUAUGGAAGUAAUGGAUGAUGAUCCAAACUGUAAUUAUCUUGAUGGAGGAACAGUAAGGGCUGUCACACGAAUGCUGUUGAUGCCAUCAAAAGCUGAGACAAAUUUGCUUAGAACAAGAUUUGCCACAGGUCCUGGCCAUUCCCCAUUUGAGGCUUUAGUUGUCUCUCAUCAGGAUAGGCUACUAUCCAACACCAAACUUCUUCAUUCAACCUAUACAUUCAUCCCACGAACGAGAGCUCCUCCAAUAAUUGCCCAAUGUUCGGAUAGAAGCUUUGCUUACAAAAUGACUGAAGAAGUGCAUAAUCCUUGGGUUAAGAGGUUGUUGGUUGGGUUUGCACGUACAUCUGAAUAUAAUGGACCCAGAAAGCCUGUGGGUCCUCAUCAUUUAAUUCAAGAAAUUGAUUCUGAACUACCAGUAGUGCAACCUGCCCUCCAGUUGACUUACGAGAUAUUUGGGUCUUGUCCACCAAUGCAAAGUUUUGACCCAGCAAAAUUGCUCACUGACUCUGGAAAGCUUCAAACACUUGAUAUAUUGUUGAAACGCCUCCGAGCAGAAAAUCAUCGUGUUCUUUUGUUCGCACAGAUGACAAAAAUGCUUAACAUUCUUGAGGACUAUAUGAACUAUAGAAAAUAUAGGUACCUGAGGCUUGAUGGCUCCUCCACAAUUAUGGAUCGUCGGGACAUGGUUAGAGACUUUCAGCUUCGGAGUGAUAUUUUUGUGUUCUUGCUGAGUACUAGAGCUGGUGGACUGGGUAUUAAUUUGACAGCUGCAGACACUGUAAUCUUUUAUGAAAGUGAUUGGAACCCAACCUUGGAUUUGCAGGCAAUGGAUAGAGCUCACCGAUUGGGUCAGACGAAGGACGUUACUGUCUACCGGCUCAUUUGUAAAGAAACUGUUGAGGAAAAGAUUCUGCAGAGAGCAAGUCAGAAAAAUACUGUUCAGCAGCUUGUCAUGACAGGUGGUCAUGUACAGGGAGAUAUCUUGGCCCCUGAGGAUGUUGUUUCAUUACUUCUAGAUGAUGCACAAUUGGAGCAGAAACUAAAGGAAAAUCCACUUCAGGGUAAGGAUAAACAAAAGAAGAAACAGCCAACAAGGGGUAUACGAAUAGAUGCCGAAGGUGAUGCAAGUAUGGAAGACUUCACAAAUAAUGGAGCUCAGGGUAAUGGAUCUGAGCCUUCUCCAGAUCCAGAUAAAGUAAAAUCGAGCAGUAAGAAGAGGAAAGGUGCUUCCGAUAGGCCAUCUGCUUCAAAGCUUAGGAACUCUCAGAAAGCAGGGGAAGCCAUGGAUUAUGAGAUGGAUGACUCUCAAUUUGAGAAACCCAAGAGACCUAAGAGGCCAAAGAAGAGUGUAAAUGAAACUCUUGAACCAGCAUUUACUUCUGCAGCCUCAGAGGUUUCUCAACAGACUCAAUUACCACCGGGGCAUGAGUUUAGUCCUGGUGAUUUUGGAGCUACACUGGAGGCCGAAGACUGAAGGCUGAAGGCUGUGCCUGUCCCAGUCAGGGGAGAUGCCAACCAUUCAUCUUUUCAACAGAGCCCUGGCACCCCGGUACACCUCACUGAAAUUGCUGGAGCUGGAGGCGGUUAGGGAAGUCCAUUCAUAGCAUGGCCAUAGUGUGUAAAUAUGAUUUUUGGAUUCUACAUAUGGUGGGUGGUAGCCUACAUAAUCUGGGUAAUAUAUAGGCACAACAUGGUGAAUGGUCAAAUUCAUGUAAGAAACCUUGGUUCAGAAAUUAAAUCCAGUAAUAACAU